AUGAAGGUUUGGGGUUUAAGGCCUCGGCCCUUCCCCCCACCCACCUUCACCUCCGCUCCCCUUCUCCCCUUCAACCCCCCUUCACCUCCCCACCCCUUCUCUCCUUCUCCCCUUCAACCCCCCUUCACCUCCCCACCCCUUCUCUCCUUCUCCCCUUCAACCCCCCUUCACCCGCACAACGAUUCUGAAUGCCGCCUGAUACACAGAGAGCCCACCCAACCGCCUUUCUUCUCCUCCCCCUUGCCUCUCCCCACCUUCCUUGCCCCUUCCCCCCCGCUUCCCCCUCUCUCCGCCCAACCCCCCCCUCCCCUCCCCUCCCCCCACCAGCACUACGAUCUGAACGGCCGUCUGCUGCACAGAGUGCCCACCCGCCUCUCUGCUACAGCCUCUGGGCGGGGAGAGAACAGCUCCCUGCUACAGACGUUGAGUGUGAAGCAAGCGUGCACAAGUGGGGAGGAGGUGGGAGGGGAGGAAUGGGUGGAAAUCAAACUAGAGGAGGUCAACCGGAUCACAGCAGCCAAUCGCCUUCAGGUCGCCUGGUUCCCAGACUACAGGGCAUACGCGUUGAGCCACCAAACCGCAGAGGACUUAGUGAGGGCGCUGGCAGUGGGGGUGGUGGGAGCAGAGGCAGCAGAUGCCUACGAAGCAGCAGAGGUCAUCCGAGGGGUGAAGCUGCCGUCCCGCCGCCCGGCUCUCGUCAGCGAAACCUGCCUCUUCCUCUCCGAACCAGUUUCCGAAGCAGGUUCCGAACCAGGUUCCGAGCCUCCUGCCGAAGCAAGCUCAGAAGAAGAUGUAACUUGGGGAAAUCGGAGGGUGCGCACAUUCCAUGUGCUGGACUCCAAGGGAAUGAUCGACACCCUGGGAGUGUUUGUGGAGGAGAGGGAGGGAGCGGGUGAGGAUGGUUCAGGGGCAACGACAGCCCAUGCGAGAGAGUUAUUGGAGGAGUGGGAGGGAGCGGGGGUGAAGCUGGGUCAUCCCAGAACCCAGGGGCAACGGCAGCCCAUGCGAGAGGGCUUCGGGAGGAGUGGGAGAAAGCGGGUGAAGCUGGGUCAGGCGCAACAACAGCCCAUGCCAGAGAGUUAUUGGGAGGAGUGGGAGGGGAAUGAAGAAGAUGGUCCAAGGGCAACAGCAGCAGCCCAUGUCAGAGAGCUUCUGGAGGUGAGUCAGUGGUGGUUGCGAGCUUUCGAUGAGGGCAACGGCAGCCCAUGCCAGAGAGCUUCUGGAGGGGUCAUCUUCACAUGUUGGCCCGCUCCUAGCAUGGGCCAAGGGGUCAUCUUCACAUGUUGGCCCGCUCCUAGCAUGGGCCAAGGGGUCAUCUUCACAUGUUGGCCCGCUCCUAGCAUGGGCCAAGGGGUCAUCUUCACAUGUUGGCCCGCUCCUAGCAUGGGCCAAGGGGUCAUCUUCACAUGUUGGCCCGCUCCUAGCAUGGGCCAAGGGGUCAUCUUCACAUGUUGGCCCGCUCCUAGCAUGGGCCAAGGGGUCAUCUUCACAUGUUGGCCCGCUCCUAGCAUGGGCCAAGGGGUCAUCUUCACAUGUUGGCCCGCUCCUAGCAUGGGCCAAGGGGUCAUCUUCACAUGUUGGCCCGCUCCUAGCAUGGGCCAAGGGGUCAUCUUCACAUGUUGGCCCGCUCCUAGCAUGGGCCAAGGGGUCAUCUUCACUUGUUGGCCCGCUCCGAGCAUGGGCCAAGGGGUCAUCUUCACAUGUUGGCCCAUGCCUGCCAGAGAGUUGCUGGAGUGGGACGGCACUUCAACACCCACCGGUCAAGCACUCACCAUCCCUACAUUGCUCCCUUUCCCCCACUUCCGCCCUUAUCCCUCCACCCUCCCUCCUCACCAGACGCAACCAGACGACCCCAGCGCCCUGAUCCCCCCUUCCCGCCUGGCUCUGCUGCUGGGGGAAUGGGAUGGCACCUGCACCACCCACCAAUCAAUCACCACCCUUUUCCUCCCCACUCCAUAUUGGAACCCCACCAACGCCCCGAUCCCCCACUCCCGCCUUUCACUACUGCUGGGCGAGUGGGACGGCACCUCCACCACCCACCGAUCGGCCAUCUAUGGGGAAACCGUCACCCACUCCACCUCCAACUUCUUCCUCACUCGCUUCAGUGACAGCAGCCUGGGCCUGGUGAGUCACCCUCUGCCCUCCAUCCUCCAUCUCCAUUCCACGAUCACCCACCGGUCAGCCAUCUAUGGGGAGACCGUCACCCACUCCACCUCCAACUUCUUCCUCACUCUCUUCAGCGACAGCAGCCUGGGCCUGGUGAGUCACCCUCUGCCCUCCAUCCUCCAUCUCCAUUCCACGAUCACCCACCGGUCAGCCAUCUAUGGGGAGACCGUCACCCACUCCACCUCCAACUUCUUCCUCACUCUCUUCAGCGACAGCAGCCUGGGCCUGGUGAGUCACCCUCUGCCCUCCAUCCUCCAUCUCCAUUCCACGAUCACCCACCGGUCAGCCAUCUAUGGGGAGACCGUCACCCACUCCACCUCCAACUUCUUCCUCACUCUCUUCAGUGAUGCGAGCCUGGGCCUGGUGAGUCAACUUUUGAGUCGACUCACUCAGGAGCCUGGGCCUGGUGAGUCAACUUUUGAGUCGACUCAGGAGCCUGGGCCUGGUGAGUCAACUUUUGAGUCGACUCAGGAGCCUGGGCCUGGUGAGUCAACUUUUGAGUCGACUCAGGAGCCUGGGCCUGGUGAGUCAACUUUUGAGUCGACUCAGGAGCCUGGGCCUGGUGAGUCAACUUUUGAGUCGACUCAGGAGCCUGGGCCUGGUGAGUCAACUUUUGAGUCGACUCAGGAGCCUGGGCCUGGUGAGUCAACUUUUGAGUCGACUCAGGAGCCUGGGCCUGGUGAGUCAACUUUUGAGUCGACUCACUCAGGAGCCUGGGCCUGGAAGAGACAGGGGGUGACCUCUUCUUCAGGUGGAGGGGAGCCGUUGCAAGCCACUCAGAGGCAGCCCCUGAAGGGGCUUCUUCAUUCCGUCCCCUUUCAACUCUCCCCUAUUCUUUAA